AUGCAGUGCUCCAACUUUGGAAGCUGGUUUGUAGCGCUCCUGUCGGCCUCCAUGGCCGCUGGCGCUGCUCUCCCUGCCAAGACCAAGAUCGGUGUUGUCGAGUUCAAGCAGACUCGCAGCGAAAAGUUUGUCGGCCGCAACGGACCUCUGGCUCUCGCCCGCGCCUACAACAAGUACCACAUCCCCAUCCCGGACUCGCUCAAGAAGGCCGCCGAGUCCACCAGCAACGCACACGCCAAGCGCGCCAUCGGCACCGCCAUUGCCAACUCUGACCAGGGCGACCUCGAGUACCUCGUCCAGGUCUCCAUCGGCACGCCCGCCCAGAACCUCAACCUCGACUUUGACACGGGCAGCGCCGACCUCUGGGUCUUUUCCACCGAGACGCCCAACCCGGGCAGCCACAACCUCUACAACCCGGGCCAGAGCUCGACCUCGCAGCAGCAGUCGGGCGAGUCGUGGUCAAUCCAGUACGCCGACGGCUCCGGCAGCUCGGGCGACGUCUACACCGACAGCGUGACGGUCGGCGGCCUGACGGUGCAGAACCAGGUCGUCGAGUCGGCCACGCAGGUGUCGUCGCAGUUUGCCAGCGGCGACAACGACGGCCUCCUCGGCCUCUCCUUUGACUCGCUCAACACGGUGAGCCCCAACCGCGCCGAGACGUGGUUCGACAAUGUCCAGCCCCAGCUCGACAGCCCGCUCUUCGUCGCGGAUCUGCGCCACGACACGGCCGGCAGCUACGUCUUUGGCGGCAUCCCCAGCGGCGCGCAGAACAUCCUCUACACGUCCGUCGACAGCAGCCAGGGCUUCUGGGGCUUCAGCACCAGCGUCGGCGGCAGCUCCGUCAGCGGCAUCGCCGACACGGGCACCACCCUGCUGCUGCUCGACGACUCCAUCGUCAGCAGCUACUACCAGCAGGUAUCGGGCGCCGUCAACGACUCCCAGCAGGGCGGCUGGGUCUUUGACUGCAGCGCGCAGCUGCCGAGCCUCUCGUUCAGCGUCGGCGACGGACAGAUUACCAUUGACGGCAGCCUCUUGAACUACGCGACCCAGGGCAGCCAGUGCUUCGGUGGCCUCCAGUCCAACGGCGGCAACGGCCUGUCCAUCUUUGGUGAUGUUGCCCUCAAGGCUGCCUAUGUUGUGUUUGAUGCUGGUAACAACCAGCUCGGCUGGGCCCAAAAGUAA